AUGACGCGACACUUGCCGUCUGGGCUCUCCAGGUUCGGCCUGCUGCGUUCACAGCCCAGAUCUUCGGCGUCCCCGAGACGCAGCCUGGCGCCCGGCCCGGCCCGGCCCUCCGCACAGCCCCACUUCAGGCCACGCCGUUUCCUUGACCUUCCCCCGGCAGGGUCUGAAGCGUCACCGUCCGUCUAGAGCGGAGUCACGCAGGCCCCUGCCCUGCCGGUGAGGUCGGCGCCGCGCUCGGGAGAGUCGGUUCCUCCCGAUUCAGACCCAUAUGGCUUCAGAUGGAACCAUCAUUUGUGUUCCGUAAUGACCGGCUUGCAAGGUAGCAAAGGGAAACAAACGUCUCGUUUUCAGCCUCUCCCCACCACCUUGAAAUAAAACUGGCAAAAAUAAAAAGAGCAUUCUGGGAAGUACUUCAUCAUUUCAACGCUCACGAAUUCAAAACAUAAACAAAGGGUUCCGAGUGCCCCGGCCAGGGGCGCGGGGCGCACGGCGGGCCCGGGGCAGGUGAGCGCAGGUGCGCGCCCGCCCCCACCCCCGGGUCCCCCGGCUCCCUCCCCAUCCGCUCCCCGCUCCCCUUCCCCUUUCCCUUCCCCGCCCGCUCCCAGCCGCCGCCGCCGCCCCGCGCACGGCCUGGAGCGGAGGCUGCGCAGGGCGCGGGGCGGCGCGGGCCGGGCGCGGGCCGGGCGGACGGCCGCGUCUUUCUUCUCCUGGCGGUGAUGUCAUUGGGCGACGGCGGCCGAGGCCGGGGGGCGGCGGCGGGGGCGGCGGCGGGCGCCCGCAGGUUCCCGAGCCGCUCCUGAGAAGGAGCCUGACAGCGGGCCGGGGCGCACGGAGAAGCGGGCCGGGCUGGACCUGCUGGGCCGCGCCGAGCCAAUCGCCGGCGCCGGCCGCUCCAUGGGCGAGGAGGCGGCGGCAGCGGGGGCGGUGGGGGCCGCGGGCCGGGCUGCCACUCCGAGGUGAAGGCGCGCGCCCCUCCCCGCCUGCCUCCCGGGCCGCAGCGAUGAAUUCCGCCGAGCAGACCGUUACGUGGCUCAUCACUCUGGGGGUGCUGGAGUCGCCCAAAAAAACCAUCUCGGACCCGGAGGGCUUUCUGCAGGCGUCGCUGAAGGAUGGGGUGGUCCUCUGCAGGCUGCUGGAGCGCCUGCUCCCCGGGACCAUCGAGAAAGUCUACCCGGAGCCCCGGAGCGAGAGCGAGUGCCUGAGCAACAUCCGCGAGUUCCUGCGCGGCUGCGGGGCUUCCCUGCGCCUGGAGCUCCUGUUCCCUCCUUCCCAGCCUCCUCAGCAUCUGGUAACCACCAUUCUCUUGUCUGCUUCUACGUUUGAUGCAAAUGAUUUGUAUCAGGGGCAGAAUUUUAACAAGGUCCUCAGUUCCUUAGUGACUCUAAAUAAAGUAACAGCAGACAUCGGGCUGGGGAGUGACUCCGUGUGUGCCCGGCCCUCGUCUCACCGCAUAAAGUCUUUUGACUCCCUUGGAUCACAGUCUUUGCACACUCGGACUUCAAAACUGUUCCAGGGCCAGUAUCGGAGUUUGGACAUGACCGAUAAUAGCAACAAUCAACUGGUAGUAAGAGCAAAGUUUAACUUCCAGCAGACCAAUGAGGACGAGCUUUCCUUCUCAAAAGGAGACGUCAUCCAUGUCACCCGUGUGGAAGAGGGAGGCUGGUGGGAGGGCACACUCAACGGCCGGACCGGCUGGUUCCCUAGCAACUAUGUGCGCGAGGUCAAGGCCAGCGAGAAGCCUGUGUCUCCCAAAUCAGGAACAUUGAAGAGCCCUCCCAAAGGAUUUGAUACGACUGCCAUAAACAAAAGCUAUUACAAUGUGGUGCUACAGAAUAUUUUAGAAACAGAAAAUGAAUAUUCUAAAGAACUUCAGACUGUGCUUUCAACCUACCUACGGCCAUUGCAGACCAGUGAAAAGUUAAGUUCAGCAAACAUUUCAUAUUUAAUGGGAAAUCUAGAAGAAAUAUGUUCUUUCCAGCAAAUGCUCGUACAGUCUUUAGAAGAAUGCACCAAGUUGCCCGAAGCUCAGCAGAGAGUCGGAGGCUGCUUUUUAAACCUGAUGCCCCAGAUGAAAACCCUGUACCUCACAUAUUGUGCCAAUCACCCUUCUGCAGUGAAUGUCCUCACGGAACACAGUGAGGAGUUGGGGGAGUUCAUGGAGACCAAAGGUGCCAGCAGCCCUGGGAUUCUCGUGCUGACCACGGGCCUGAGCAAACCCUUCAUGCGCCUGGAUAAAUACCCUACGCUGCUCAAAGAGCUCGAGAGACACAUGGAGGAUUAUCAUACAGAUAGACAAGAUAUUCAGAAAUCUAUGGCUGCCUUCAAAAACCUUUCAGCCCAAUGUCAAGAAGUCCGGAAAAGGAAAGAGCUUGAGCUGCAGAUCCUGACGGAAGCCAUCCGGAACUGGGAGGGCGAUGACAUUAAAACUCUGGGCAAUGUCACUUACAUGUCCCAGGUCCUGAUUCAGUGUGCCGGAAGUGAGGAAAAGAAUGAAAGAUAUCUUCUACUCUUCCCAAAUGUUUUGCUAAUGUUGUCUGCCAGUCCUAGGAUGAGUGGCUUUAUCUAUCAGGGAAAGCUUCCAACGACAGGAAUGACAAUCACAAAGCUUGAGGACAGUGAAAAUCAUAGAAAUGCAUUUGAAAUAUCAGGGAGCAUGAUUGAGCGGAUAUUAGUGUCAUGCAACAACCAGCAGGAUCUGCAGGAAUGGGUGGACCACCUACAGAAGCAAACGAAGGUCACGUCUGUGGGAAACCCCACCAUAAAGCCUCAUUCGGUGCCAUCUCAUACCCUCCCCUCCCACCCGGUCACUCCGUCCAGCAAGCACGCAGACAGCAAGCCCGCGCCGCUGACGCCCGCCUACCACACGCUCCCCCACCCCUCCCACCAUGGCACCCCGCACACCACCAUCAACUGGGGACCCCUGGAGCCUCCGAAAACACCCAAGCCCUGGAGCCUGAGCUGCCUGCGGCCCGCGCCUCCCCUCCGGCCCUCAGCUGCUCUCUGCUACAAGGAGGAUCUUAGUAAGAGCCCCAAGACCAUGAAAAAGCUGCUGCCCAAGCGCAAACCUGAACGGAAGCCUUCAGAUGAGGAGUUCGCGUCCCGGAAAAGCACAGCUGCUUUGGAAGAAGAUGCUCAGAUUCUGAAAGUCAUUGAAGCUUACUGCACCAGCGCCAAAACAAGGCAAACACUCAAUUCAACAUGGCAAGGCACUGACCUGAUGCAUAAUCACGUCUUGGCUGAUGAUGACCAACCAAGCCUAGACUCCUUGGGUCGUCGCAGUAGCCUUUCUCGUUUGGAGCCUUCAGACCUCUCGGAAGACUCUGACUAUGACAGUAUAUGGACAGCCCAUAGUUACAGAAUGGGUUCUACAUCUCGUAAGAGCUGUUGCUCAUAUAUCUCUCACCAGAACUAAUGCACUUCUGAGCUUUUCUUAACAAAUGCUUGUUGUAUCGCAGCCUGCUUUUCUUAGAUGUUUUCUUGCUGUUCCUUGUCUCUUUUAUGUGAUAUUUUAACAACUUUUGAGAGUGUUCCUGAUAUUUCCCAUUGUACUUUGUGGAGGCUUAACUGCCGAUGCGAGUAUACAUUCGAAUGACUGACUAUUGGAGGGAGGUGGUGCGUUCACGUGAGGCUACACCCGAGGGUGCUCUUCGUAAGAGGUAGUUGUUUUAUAGCUCCAAAUGGUUUUUUUAUUCUCAGUGUAGCAACUGUUUGAUUUCUUUCUGGAUACAGCUGUAUGAACACUUUUCUAUUUGAUACUGAAAUCACACAGGUUUGUGAUCGAAGUGCCAGAACCAUGGAGGAGACUCUGGCCUUUUCUGUAGGGACCUAAAUUUUUUAAGUACCAUGAACACUGAUUAAGUAGUUGUGGAGAGAUGAGAAGAAUACAUGCAGCAAAGGUGCUGUGAGCCCAGUUCCAACGGCUGUGUUCUGGUCAUCGUGCAGAACAGUAUGUGGGCUCUGGGCCUUGGCAGGUGCACAGACGGGCGGGCGUCACGUGUGUUCAGAGCUUGUCUCCACCUCACGGCUCCGUGCUCUUCCGUGUGCUGCGUUGUAGCCGUGAAGUGGGAGCUCUCCUUUCCAAAGGCAGAGCUUACUGUCAUGGCUCAGAUGUUCACUCUCAUCUUCACCCCAAACUUCCCUGAAUUGCAAUGAUUUCUGUUAUAAGGCACUUAGCAAGUCUGUACCACUCUACAGUAAAAUCUCUACACUAACAGUUUAAAGCCCCAAAUCUGAAGCAUUCAGCCUCUGCAGUUGUAGACUACUAGACUGUAGUAGAGGCAUUUGGAAUACUUAAAAAGUCAGGUGCUGUGGCUUCAGUUCCCCCAGCUCCCCACCCCUGACAUCCAUACUUACGUUGUCUGGAAGAGCCAUGGACACAUCAUUAUUUUCAGCAACUAGCUGCAGUGAAACUCCAUUUACAGCAACCCCAUAGUAUAAAACCGCAAUGCCUCAUUGUAAUGGGAUAUUGAAGUUCAUUGAAGAAUUACUAGGUUGCCAUGUAGCUCACUUAUUUAAAAAAAAAAAAAAAUCUCCCCUAUUUUCCUGGGAUUUGUUGUAAGGAGUUUUCACUGGCCUCACUCAGACCAAUUUCUGCUUCAAAAAUAACUGAAUGUGACCUGUUGCAUUCAGUUGUAGCAUCAAAUCCACAUCUAGUCAUUGCUUGAGGGGCCAAAUUGUGUUCUGUCCCAUGCACGCUGUAUUUGGUGUUAAAAUGGAACCUUACGGUUGUGUUUUAAGUAUUCAUUGAAACCAGCUUCAGAAAACAAGAUGCCAUAGCAAAUUGAGAAUAACAUUUUUUCCUUCUUCAGGGUGGAUGUAAUUCCAGGUGGCCGUGAUUUCUUUCUUCCCCACCGCCCACUCCUUCGCCAAACCCACGUAUUCCGUGUUCUGAUCUUGUUUGUGCAGAGUGAACUCUGAUGCAGUAUCAGUCUUGUCCUGGGAGCCGGGUCCUGCUGCUCACAAGCCCAGAGCUGCCAGGGAGCUCCUGGCAGUAGCACGUUGUUUAGAAAGUUGGGUGGCUUCAUUCAGCAUGGAACAAGCUAAUGGCACAGGAGUCAUCAGGGCAGCUGUUAAUUCCACAUAUUUGCCUGUUCCCAAGUAGCUACUGAACUGCUCACACCAUUGGAAGAUUUAGUAUUUUCAUACCAAUGAGUAAAACUAAGAAUGUUGAGGAGCAGUCAGAGCCCAGUGUUAAUCUCCGGCAGAGAUGGGGUUUAUGUAUGUUCAGCCAGAUAGUGGAAUUUUCGGAGAAAUAAGAUAACUACCAAGUUUCUAUACUUACUAUACGUGGAUUUAGAAGCGAUUUUGGUUUUGUAUUACAUAACGGUAGUCCUCUGAGUCAGGGAGCACCUUUUUGUUUGCCUCAAGACUACUCAUUAGGCACUGGCUGAGCUGCCUUUGCCUUCUCGUAGGCGUGGGUUGCCUGUGUCAUGGGCUGUGUAGACAACACUGAAACACAGUUGCUGCACUUGGAUUUUCCUUUAAUACCAAGUAUCAUUUGGUUAUCUUACUGGGACAUUUUCAUUGAUAUUCUAUACACCAAAGUUUUGACAGUUUACCAUUAUUCCAUUUUGUACCAGUUAAAGGCAUUUUGAUGAUGCUUUUUCUUGAUGCUAAGAUCACUGCAGAAGAAUAACCUGACCUUUUCUUUGCAUUUGUUUUGAAUGUCUAACACCAUUAGCUUUUGUGAUCUGGUUAAGAAGUAUUAGUGCCACAAGCCUGAAAAGACAGUUCUCAUGUGGCAGUGGUGAUGUGGCAUCCAGAGGGCCAGUGUGUCUACUUUUGUGGGACUUCAGUCAUGCUGAUAAUAGUAUCUUCUGUUCAUACAAUUCUGUAAUAUUUAUUUGUACAGUUAGUAUUCUAAUGAAAGGAUGAAGAGUCUGAACUAGAAGGUAGGUUUAAGCCAUCACCAGGCCUUUGCGAAUGGCCUAAUGGUGUUCUCUUUGAAGUAACACUUGCCACAAGUAUAUAAUAAGCUAUAUUAAUUGUGUUUUGCAUAAAAUUGCCAAAACACAGUAAUGUGUAUAUAGUGGUGUAAGAUCUUGAAAAAAAUCUCUAUAAUUGUGCUCUUUAUCUGUGAAUGGGAAAAGCCAUUUUUAGUAGGUGACUACCAUUUGAAAAACUCAAUUGGAUGUAUAUCUGAAUGUUGCAUUGUAUUGUACAGUAUGCAUAUUAUUGUUUGUGGUUGCAUAUGGCAAUGAAGUGUUUGUUUUAUAUUAAAAAACCUGUUAUGUACAGUUGAAAUAAAUUUUGCAUUUGCUA